UUUUUCCCACACGUUGUCGCAGUUCAAAACAAUGGACUAUGCCAUUAACAUCUUCGUGUUAGCGGUGGUCGCUGGAGUAACGAGCACAGGUACUUCAACAUGUGGUGUUCCCAAGAUCCAGCCCACACAAACUCGCAUUGUUGGCGGACACGAGGCCAGGUCAGGAUCCUUGCCGUGGAUGGCCAUGUUGGCAGAGUUAAACUAUCCUGUCUGUGGGGGCGCUGUUAUCAGUGAUCACGUGAUUCUCACCGCUGCACAUUGCUUUGAAACUCCAGAAAGUCGGGACCCAAGGCGGUGGACGGUAGUGUUGGGGAAGCACCACGUCGAUCGCUAUGACGUCACACAGAGAAGCUAUCACGUGCGUCGCAUCGUGAUGCACGAGAACUACAACAACCACACCGUGAGGAACGACGUGGCCUUGGUUGUGCUGUGGGAAAGAAUCCGCUACUCUGACUACAUCUCGCCAAUCUGUUUGCCAAAACUGAACAGGAACAUGGUGGUCGGGAAAUCAUGCCUUAUCGCAGGAUGGGGAGACACAUUAGGAACCUCUAAAGGAACUGUUUUAAAUCAAGUGAAUGUCCCUAUCAUCGGCGACCACGUUUGUUCUCAGCCAACAUGGUAUGGUAACCAGUUUUUACCAAUGACGACAUUUUGUGCUGGUUACAAAAAUGGAGGGAAGGACGCAUGCGCAGGUGACAGUGGCAGUCCAUUAGCGUGCAGUGUUGACGGAAAAUGGUAUGUCCAUGGUAUAGCCAGCUGGGGUUACGGUUGUGCAGAGCCGCGCUGGCCCGGAAUUUACACGGAUGUUACAGUCUAUACCCACUGGAUUCGUCAAAGCAUAGCCAACCUCGGCUAUCCGUCGUGUUCCGGUUAUUGCAUUUAAACCCGCGAACAGCGUUGUACAUAAAUUAAUAAAACAUUUCCCACACAA